UUCGCGAAUGUGUCUCAGAGUCUCUGGACUGCUGCGUUUUUGUUUGUACUAUGGUGGUUUCGGGUCAGAGACAAUUGUCCAUGCUCCUGGAGCCAGGUAGCUAACGUCUGGAAGUAUAUCGGUAUGCACAGGGAACACCGACAUUUAAUGGUUCUGACAUACCAUGAGACUUUACUAUAUCUGUUUGAAUCCUUCAUGUAAAACUUUCAUACACCUUGGAGCCUGACAUCUGUGACCCUCUUUUAUAUGCAAGAAAUAUAGCCCUUCCUCAGAAUGAAUCUCAUUUUUGCCAAGGUGCUGUGCUUGCUGGCAAUAUUAGUCCUGAUGAUGUUGGGGUCACUUAUACCUGUCAAGAUAUCGGAGGCAGAUUUUGAUAAAUCUUCACGUUCACGGAAAAUCCUUUCGCUGUCUAAUUCGUUUGCUGGUGGUGUGUUUUUGGCUACCUGCUUUAAUGCUUUGCUUCCUGCAGUGAGAGAAAAGUUUUUUGAUCUUCUUAAAAUUGGAAAUAUCUCUACAGAUUACCCCUUGGCAGAGACUAUUAUGAUGGUUGGGUUUUUUCUCACAGUUUUUGUGGAACAGACUGUUAUGACGUUUCGUAAAGAGAAACCUUCUUUUAUUGACAUGGAGACCUUUAAUGCUGGGUCAGAUAUCGGCAGUGACUCUGAAUUUGAAAGCCCUUUUAUAUCAGCCAACCAUGGUCAUAAUCUGUAUGAAGGAGGUCAUAGCCAUCACUCUCACAGCCUCAACAUUAAAGAACUAUCCAGCUCAAGUCCUAUUCGGCUCUUCAGUUUAGUGUUCGCUUUGUCUGCUCACUCUGUAUUUGAAGGGCUUGCUCUAGGCUUACAAGAGGAUGGAAACAAGCUGCUUAGUCUUUUUAUUGGCGUUGUGAUUCAUGAAACUUUGGUGGCAGUGGCACUUGGUGUCAGCAUGGCAAAAGUAAACACUCACCUUAAAGAUGCUAUCAAAAUGGCAGUUUUGGUCAGCACAAUGAUCCCUAUUGGUAUUGUAGUUGGAAUGGCAAUACAGAGUGCUCAGAACAUGGCCAGCAGCAUUGCCUCAGCUCUGUUGCAAGGCAUUGCUGGAGGCACUUUUAUCUUUGUUACCUUUUUUGAAAUUUUGGUAAAGGAGCUGGAGGAAAAAAAUGAUAGGUUGCUGAAAGUGCUCUUCCUCGUUUUAGGAUACACUGUUUUAGCAGUGCUUGUCUUAUUUAAAUGGUAAUGUAAAAUGUGUUUUUAUCAUGAAUAACAUACCACUCACUCUAAGUUAUUACACCUAGCAGUUCCAUGACAGUAUAAAAACAUGGUUUUAUACAGUUUAUAAAACUGAGAUGACUUGUAAUAUCUAAAUCAAAUUUAGUAUGGGUUAAUUUUCCAAUAUAAUCUUGAAGUCAAAGGUGUGACAGCAUUUGCAGCUGUUCUGUCAGCGCUGACAAUUAUGCUUUUUAAUGUAUAUAUGUCUCAAAUAUAUAAUAGAGUAUAAGUGCAUAAGCCAUAGGCAAUUUGCAGACUCAAACUAUUGAUAAACUCCAACUCUCAGCACCUUACUGUAGACAAAGGUUAAAUGUUACAGCUGGGGGGCUGCAGGUUAGCUAUUGCUUACACAUAUCUAUCUAUAGUAGUAUGUCUAUGAAGAUUCUCAUUCA